AUGAAGAAAUGUAAUUAUAACGAGCUCAUGGAGUUAACUAAAGAUUAUCAAAAUGUUUUUGAUUCAUUGUACAAGCUUAAGACAUUUGAUAACGCGGAAAUUGAUAAAAUUUACGAUGAUAUUAAAAAGAAUUUGAUUGAAACGAAAAUUCUAAACCCAGAACAGAUUGCAAGCAAAAUUUCUAAUAUAGCACAAUACAAUAAUCGUUACUUUAAAUCAUAUUGGACAAUUUUCAAAAAACUAUUUGAAGAAUAUCGUAUCAAAAAAGCUCCAGAUAUCACAUCCGUAUUUGAUUAUUUUGUUUUUAAAGAAUAUGGUAUUGUUCUUGAUCAAAAAAAUCAAUAUUUCUUCCAGUUCUAUGACCCUAUCGCAAUUUCAAUUGAUGUUCAUGAAAAAAAUUCAAUUUUCAUGGCAAUUAUGAAUGAUGAUAUGAAAUCAUUUAUUGGAUUCACAGAAAAAGAAGGAUUUGAUGAAAAGAUAUUAUUCAAUACUCAUUUUUAUCCUAAUGAAUUGCAAUCAUUACUUGAAUUUUGUUGCUAUUACGGCGCUGUAAAUUGUUUUAAAUUUUUGAUUACAAAAUUUGACUCAAAAAUCACAUUUUCAUGCCUUCGUUUUUCAUUUCUUAGUGGAAAUGCUGAUAUCAUGAAUGAAUGUUUAAAGCAAAUAGAGCCUGACAGAGAGUGUAUGAAGUAUGCAAUUAUAUCACACAACAUAGAUUUUGUUACUUUUUUGAUGAAUGAAUAUCAUAUCAAAAUUUAUUUAUAUGAAUGCUAUAGUUAUAAUAAUCUUCAAGCAUUUUUUGUUUAUUUAGAUCAAACAAAUGAUAUUGAUCUAUGCUUAGUUUAUUCUCCAUUUUUUAAUAUUCCUUCUCUUUGCGAAUAUCUAAUUUCUCAUGAGGCAGAUAUUAAUGCAUCAAAUGAAUUUGGACAAACAGCUCUUUGUUCCGCAGCAUGGAUUGAUAGUAAAGAAAUUGUAGAAAUACUUAUUAAUCAUGGUGCCAAUAUCGAAUCCAGGAAUGAGUUUGAAAGAACAGCUCUUCAUGUAGCAGCAAAUAGAAAUUGUUAUGAUGCUGCUGAUGUUCUUAUUUCUAGUGGCGCAGAUAUUAAUGCAAAAGAUAAAAAAUACAAUACACCACUUAAUUUGGCUACAAUAUCUGGUUAUAAAGAAACCUCUACACUUCUUAUUUUCUAUGGUGCAAAUGUUAAUGCAAAAGAUAAUGAUAAAAAGACCCCUCUACAUUGGGCUGCGUAUAACAAUCUCGCAGAUAUAGCAGAACUUCUGAUUUCACAUGGAGCCAGUAUCAAUGCAAAAGAUCGAGAUGGAUUAACUCCUCUUCAUUUAGCUUCGCAUUAUAAGUGCAAGGAAACAGCAAAAAUACUUCUUUCCCAUGGUGCUAACGUUCAUGCACUAGAUGGCAAGAAAAGAAAACCUAUUUAUUUUGCUUACAAUAAUAACGAUAAAGAAAUGAUUCAUCUGCUAUCUUCGCAUGAAGCAUAA